AUUUUCUCUCACUUUCUCGUGACAAAAAAAAAACAUUUCAGCUCCCGAAUAUUCCGCCUUUUUCUACUUAAAUUGUGACUAAAUCGAAAAAAAAAAAACAAUGGCCGGAAGUCUUGUAAAAUGCAGCAAGAUCCGCCACAUUGUGAGGCUCAGGCAAAUGCUCCGUCGAUGGCGCAACAAAGCUCGGUUAUCUUCAGUCACCCGUUGCGUGCCGUCCGAUGUUCCGUCUGGACACGUGGCGGUUUGCGUGGGUAGCGAGUGCAGGAGAUUUGUGGUGCGCGCGUCGUACCUGAACCAUCCGGUCCUGAGCAAUCUACUCGUCCAAGCUGAGGAAGAGUACGGUUUCGUUAACCAGGGACCGUUGGUUAUCCCCUGUGAAGAGUCGGUUUUCGAGGAAGCGAUCCGGUUUAUUUCUAAGUCUGAUUCUUCCCGGUCGAACCGGUUUACUUGCCCUGAAGAUUUACAGAAAUGCCACGGAGGAAUCAAGAGCAAGCUUGAUCUGUUGAUCGAGUCUCAUCCGUUGCUUCACGGCGUCGUCGUCGAGAAAGCCGUCUGGUGAAGAGUGUCGUCGGUCCGUACGGUUUCUGACCCGGUUUGACUCGGAACGAGAAGGAAGAAGACGAAUUUUUGAAUAAAUCGUCAUUGAGUAGGCCGGUUUACCACUGAGCCGGGUGGUGCUAAUUCCGGUUUAACUUUUUUAUUUUUUUAAUAUUAAUUAUAUUGGGGGCCUGGGGUUUAAAGCUGGUGGCGAGUUACUCACUGAGUCGAGACAUGGAGAGAAGGAGAUGGCGGUUAAAAGGUGGGUGAGUCGUUCCACCGAGUCAUCCCGGGUCGAGUACGAGUUCACAGAUUGUAAAUGUAAAUAAGAAAAAAUGAACAUUUUGUAUUGGACUUUUGAUUUGAAUAUUAUCACAUUUCAC